AUGACGACAAAUGCCGUCACUGCCUCCAAGCAGGGGCCUCAGCAUAUGCAAGGCCCAACGCUUCUUCCGUCGCCUGUUGCUCAGGCCGUCAGCCUUGCCACUCGAUCGACGUCGCUCGCCAUUCGCAUUGGAUCCGUGGUGAGCAAUGCUGGCCUCGAUGCCGCAAGAUUCACCACCCUCGGUGGCCUGGGGCUGGCCCGGGGCAUGAUUGAAGGCGUCAUGAGCCGAGCCGCCAAAGAUACCCUUGAGCAAUCGCAAACCGAGCUGGCCGUCCAAGAAGCAGAGACGGUGCUAGAGCGCAGCCUCGAAAACUUGCAUUAUGCCGUCACUCAGGCGGUCUUUUGGACUUCCGUCAGCUUCCGGCUUACGGGCACAACCAUCUCUACUGCUUCCGCAGGCUCACAACUACUUUUGACGUCUCUCGACCAGCUCCUCGGCUCAACAGAUUCCUCUCGCGCAGUUGCCAGCAUCGUCACUCUUAUUCGCCGUGAAUUCGAGAAUCCCACAACAGGCCUUCAAGGAGAAAGGGUUGGUGUCAUUGACCUGACUCUUGCUCUGAGCACGCUGGCCUAUCUACAGCGGGCAUGCCGAAAAACGACUGAAGAAGAGCGCCGAAGGCAGUCCUAUGAAGAGAUUAUAUGGGAUGUGGUUGUCCUGGAGAACGGAGAUCGGGUUGAUAUUGAUGAAAAGGUGUAUAGUGAGAUCCGUGGGGGCUACAGCAGCCAAGAAAAAGACAUCGUUUCAUCGCCUCCCUCCAACGGUUCUUCCAUGAACAACACUGAAGACGACGAAGCUGUCAUAUCCCGCCUCAAGAGCCAGAUUAUGGCCACUGUGGCUCCGGGCACCGCGGUAUCAAUCUCCAACUCUGUAUCUUCAGUGCAAACAAUCACUGUCGAUGUUCAAGGAUCAAGGCUUCUUUCUCUGCCAACUCCUCCAGGCGCCGAAAUUGUUGAGGCACAGCCCCUCCUCACCUCUGGAAGCGCUCUUUCAUACAAGCCAUCAGAUCAACAAGAUCAAUCUACAUCAUCCUAUCGAGUGGUAUACAAGAUAAAUCGAAAUAAGAAGGAAACCACGUCUUUUCAAGGCGGAGAAGAGCCGAAAGAAGAAGUCGUCGAAGCCAUUACCGAUUAUCAGAACGAAUCACCUCCCGCAUCUCCUAUCACAUCGCCGUCUGCCACUUUUGCUUUCCCACCGCCAGUUCCGGCAAAGGAUAAGAGAAAAAGCCACAAAUCACAGCCUCAUGACUUCUCGAAACCAACUAAAUCGAGUUCCCGCAAAAACAACAUUGACUCCGCCAAAGUUGCUUCUCGAACAUCUACACCUUCGAAAGAGCCAAUGUAUCUGGAAGAUUUGCCUGCCCAAAACCAAAAGAAACAACGCACCCACAAGUCUCAAGAUACCAGUAGAAGGAGCCAUGGUGGGAAGAGGACCGAAGGGGCUUCUUCCAGGACACCCGACAAAAAGGCUGGAUUAAAACAUAUCCUUAGAGGAAACGGCCCGUCCGUUUCCCAUAUCUGGACAAAGGAAUCAGUCCCAUUGGACUAUACCGGUGGCAGAGACCUAUACGCAAAACCUUCCCUAAGAGACGUAGCGAGGGAAUUACGAUCCGCGUCCCCUCCAGGCGAUUUAGUGCCAAGGUCACCCACCGAACACUACAGCGUCUAUCUUAAACCACCCGGUGGCCAUCGUCGAAACCGGUCGUAUGCUACUAGCAUAUAUAGCGCGGGCACAAACGAUUCAGUGUCAUCGUUGGUAUUGUCUUCAUACUUUCAAAAGAGCGCCUACAACACCUCCGACGCGCUGCAUUCUCUCCAAACGCAAGGCUUUGUCGAUGGAACUUUCCCUGAAGGCCAUCUGCUUCCCAAUAUUACUCGAUACAUGCGGUUUUCAUCAGCGAGCUAUGGCUCGCACUUCCUUAAGCUUACUGGCAUCUCCAGUGACACACCGAGUCCCGGCGCUUGGGAUGGAAUCCAUCACGACGUACGGCACUUUGCCCAUCACACCGAGUCGCAGACUGACAAUAUUCUUCUCGCCUCCUUCGUUGACCCGCAAGGUGGCAGCGACGCCACUGGUUCUACCAGAUCUGGCGUUCCUCUUGUCCAUUACAUCUCACUCGACCACGCAGCCAAGGCCGUUGUGCUUGCCUGCAGGGGUACGUUGGGAUUUGAAGACGUGCUGGCGGAUCUGACCUGCGAGUACGAUAGACUGGUCUGGAGAGGCAAGGGGUAUCGCGUUCACAAGGGCAUUCAUGCCUCUGCUAGGAGGCUACUAUAUGGCGAUGACGGCCGUGUUUUGGUCACACUCCAAGAAGCUCUCCGCGAGUUCCCCGAUUAUGGGCUCGUGUUGUGCGGACACUCAUUGGGAGCUGGCGUUACCUCGCUGCUGGGAAUCAUGUUGUCUGAGCCUAACCCCUGUGGCCCUGGUUUCGUCACAUCCGCUGAGCCAUACACAGUUAGGCCUCCACCGCAUGAGGCUCUCAUCAAUGUGAGGCUCAGCAAGAUUCGCCCUCCGUCCGGUCGCCGCAUACACGUAUAUGCAUAUGGCCCUCCAGGUGUCAUGUCAUCGUCUCUGCGUCAAAUCACCCGCGGCCUCAUUACCACUGUCGUACACGGCAACGAUUUGGUGCCUCAUCUAUCCUUGGGCCUGCUCCAUGACUUUCAAGGCGUUGCCCUAGCGUUCAAAAACGACGAAAACAACACAAAGUCUGAAAUCCGCCAGCGUAUCUGGAAUGCCCUCCAAGACAAUGUCUCAGAGAGGUGGUACUUUAAUCGCAGCGCCAGCAAAGUCGCCAGCAGCGGAGGCGUGAGCGAUGAAGAGAGGUGGAUGCUUCCUGCGCUGGAGAAUAUGAGGGCGAGCAUGAAGGGCAAGAAACUCCUCCCGCCGGGCGAGGUGUUUACCCUUGAGACGCAGCGUGUGCUGAGGAGAGAUGCUUUUCUACUCUUGGACGAGGAGCAUAUUGGACGGCCAGCGCAGCGGAUUGUGCUCAAGUAUGUGAAGGAUGUGGAGGGUCGCUUUGGAGAGGUGCGGUUCGGGACGAGCAUGUUGACGGAUCAUAGUCCGGCAAAAUAUGAGGAUGCUCUGAAUAAGCUGAGGGUUGGAGUUUCAACAUGA